GGUGUUUUACUUACGAUCGGAGUUUAUUCCACCCACAUCCGCGUUUCCUCGACCCAAUACCCCCCCUCCAGAAGAAUCAGAAAGCAAAUGGGCGAUAUUUCUGACCCUACGUCCUGGGCUCCGGUCAACGAAUCAUCUUGGGAUCUACUUAAUGACAGUGUCAACCUUAUUGGAUCGACAACCAUAUGCGGCGUAUCCUAUGGCGUAGCUUUAACUCUCCUCCUAGUCUGCGCAAUUACCUUUCGAAGGAACUUACGAAACUCCCGCGCCGGGCUUUACCAAAUGCUUUACAUUUCCUUCAUGUUCAUCCUAGGAACGAUAUACAUCGCAUCGAACGCUCGGACGAUGGAACUCUCCUAUGUCUUGAAUCGAAACUACCCUGGAGGCCCCGCCCAGUACAGUUAUUAUAUUUAUUCACAACCUAUUACGAUCGUGGGAUUGGUUGCAUUUUUCGGAGCGAAUUGGAUGUCGGAUGCAUUGCUGCUUUGGAGACUCUUUAUUAUAUAUGCAAGUUCUCCAUAUCGGCUUCCGGUCAUCGUGUUCCCGAGUUUGCUCUUCCUCGCCUCUCUAUCUAUGAGUAUUAUCACCAUCGUCACAUCCACGCAGCCGAAUUCGUCUUUUUGGGCGACGAACGCCGUUCAAUUCGCUUUAGCCUAUUACUCCCUUACUGUGUCAUUCACCAUUAUUUCAACUGUAUUGAUGCUGGUACAGCUAUUUAUCUUCCGAAGACGGUUCAUGGAGUAUCUUGGCGAGGAAUACGCGGAUAGAUACACCAGCAUAGGAGCAAUGCUCAUCGAGUCAUCGGCCUUGUAUACAGUGUGGUCGAUCAUAUUCCUUGGCCUCUACAUCGUCAAUCAUCCCGUACAGUAUGUCUUCCUCGCGUCCCUCGCCGAAGUCCAGAUUAUAUCCCCUCUCCUAAUUAUCUUACGGGUUUUUCAACGGAAAGCCUGGGAUUCCUCCACAGAAGCGACUCUAACGUCCCUUCAAGUCCGGACCGGCACUCAGAAUCGGAGUAUGUUCCAACGUUCGUCACUAGAGGCUGGAGUUUCCACUUCGGAGAGUAUGAAAUCCAGCACGUUACGUGUAGUAAAACAAGAGGAGAGUUUCACGGCACCCCCAUAAUCAACGAGGAGUUACCAA